AUGAUGAUAAGUUAUCCAGGCCUUUCAAAGCUCAAAACCAAGCAGGUUGUGUAUCAAAAUGCACUUUUGGCUCGUGAUUCUGGCACGCUUGAGCAGCUCAAGGAGUUGAGUUCCAAGCGUAAAGGAGUCGAGGAGUCCAUUAAUGAGAACGGUUUUGUUACAGAGGCUAUUGCGCGGGAAAUGUCUGGAGGACUGACUUCACGUUGUGAACGGGACAUCCAGAAAUUGGAAAAUUAUUUACCUUUAUUAGAAAAUCUGGUACACCAUGUUGAUCUGGUCGGCAACAAUCGACAUAUGACUUGCUGGAUUUCGGACCUGAAAAUAAGAUGGAGCAGUGGCCUUACUUCAUCAUCUAUUUUUCACCUUAAUGGUCCAAAGUUCUAUCAGAUUAAUGAUUUACACUUUGAGAUCGGAAUGUCCCUUUUCCUUUAUGGUACAAUGCUUCGAGAAUGGGCUCUAGAAGUUCUAUCAACAAAUUUGGUGCAAUCUGCCACCCUCUUCAGAAAAGCUUCUGGCGUGUACCAUUAUUUAUCUCAUGAAGUUCUUCCCCCUUUACAGAGUGCAUUGCCCCCAGAAAGGCCCCCCGAAGCAAGUUCUUGUGUGUGUUCUGUUAUGAGCCUUAUUUGCUUGGCAGAUGCCCAGGCUGUUACUGUAAGAAAGGCUGAAGAAAACGUUAAUACUGGAGGUCUCUUGGCAAAAUUGCACUAUGGUGUUAAAGAGUUUCUGGUUGAAGCCAUUAUAGUCUUGCAAUCUGCAACCGGAGAGUGCAAAGAUAUUUCAUCUCGUCUUUUGGAUUUUCUUUCAUGCUGCAAAACAUUACAUGAGUUGAAGAGUUAUAAGUACCUAGCAGAAGGCUUAAGAAACGACGGUAAAAUUGGCAUCGCAGUUGGAGUUCUUCGUCAGGCAUUAGCAAAUGUAAAGAACAUGCCAAAAGAAGAGUCAUGGAGAUUAGUAUCUAAAGGGGUUAUAGAUGAUUUGACUGGGCUCCUCCGAAAGUAUGAGCAUGAGAAUGAUUUUGUUUGGCAUGAGAAGCCCCCGAACAACGACGAGCUGCCUCUCCCUCAAGCUGUUAAAGUUGUUAGUGCCAUCCCUUACCAACAACAGAAAUGGGAAAGAACGCUUGUUUUCAACAUGUAA